UCUGUGCUUAACUUCCUGUCUGCACGUGUGAAGCGGCCUAGGGAGGCCGCGGAGAGCCGGGCCUUACCGGCGUUCGCGUGGUAGCGAGUCGCUUCUCCGGGACGAGGCGAGUGCAGCCGCCGGCCUUCUCUGGGGUGAGCGCCGCACGGCUGCAACAUGCCUCACAGGAAGAAAAAGCCUUUUAUAGAGAAGAAGAAAGCUGUGUCUUUUCACCUGGUCCAUCGGAGUCAACGAGAUCCUUUAGCAGCAGAUGAGACUGCACCCCAGAGGGUUCUGUUACCCACACAGAAAAUAAAUGAUGAAGAGAGGCGAGCAGAACAGAGGAAGUAUGGCGUGUUCUUUGAUGAUGACUAUGACUAUCUGCAGCACCUGAGGGAACCAUCUGGGCCCUCAGAGCUUAUUCCCAUAAGUAUUUUCAGUGCACCCGACAGAAGAGACGAAAAAGAGGAAACUUUAGUAAUUUCAACCACGGGAAUUAAGUUGCCUUCAUCAGUAUUUGCAUCAGAGUUUGAGGAAGAUGUUGGAUUGUUGAAUAAAGCAGCUCCUGUUUCAGGACCUCGGCUGGAUUUUGAUCCUGACAUUGUCGCAGCUCUUGAUGAUGAUUUUGACUUUGAUAAUCCAGACAAUCUGCUUGAAGAUGAUUUUAUUCUUCAGGCCAAUAAGCCAACAGAAGAAGAGGGAACGGAUAUACGGAAAUCUGAGGCCGAAGAUGACAGUGAGUGGGAAGACAUGGAUGAUGAGAAGGAAGGAGGUAGUGAUGACGAUAACUAUGGCUCUGCGGGCUCAUCAGAUGAGGCCAUGUCUGUCCCUGGAAAACCUCCUGGGACUGUAGAAAAUCACUUAUUCUGGGAAGAGGAGACGAAAAGUCGCUUUACUGAAUAUUCUUUAACAUCCUCAGUUAUGAGGAGAAAUGAACAGCUGACUCUUCAUGAUGAGAGAUUUGAGAAGUUUUAUGAGCAAUAUGAUGAUGAUGAAAUUGGAGCUCUGGAUAAUGCUGAAUUGGAAGGUUCCAUUCAAGUAGACAGCAAUCGCUUAGAGGAAGUCUUGAAUGACUACUACAAAGAGAAGGCAGAGAAUUGUGUAAAACUGAAUACUCUUGAACCCUUCGAGGAUCAGGACUUGCUAAUGAAUGAACUUGAUGGGUCUGAGGAGGAAGAGGUUAUUACUGUAGUUCUUGAAGAAGCCAAAGAGAAGUGGGAUUGUGAAUCUAUUUGUAGUACAUACUCAAAUUUAUAUAACCAUCCACAACUUAUCAAGUAUCAACCAAAGCCCAAACAAAUCCGAAUAUCUUCUAAAACAGGAAUACCUCUCAAUGUCUUACCUAAGAAAGGACUCACAGCAAAACAAGUUGAACGAAUGCAGAUGAUUAAUGGCAGUGAUUUGCCAAAGGUGUCAACCCAACCUCGGUCUAAAAAUGAAAGCAAAGAAGAUAAAAGAGCAAGAAAACAAGCUAUAAAAGAGGAACGCAAGGAACGGAGAGUGGAGAAGAAAGCUAACAAAUUAGCCUUCAAACUGGAGAAAAGAAGGCAGGAAAAGGAGCUCUUAAACUUGAAGAAGAAUGUUGAGGGGCUAAAGCUAUGACAGUAGAACAUUUAGGAUAAGGUGCCUUCCCCGCUGGGGCUCCUCGUUAUGUUCAGUAUUGAACAGGGAUCUUCAGAGAGACAAAAUUAUUUAAUCUGCCAUUUUUACUGGCAGGUAUUUAUACCACCAAGUUUUCUCUGCCAUCUGUCUUGUAAAUAUUGUAACAUUUUAAAACUUAAUAUUAUAAGCUUAGAAUUUGCUCUGAAAUAAAUGAUUUCACAAAUGUGAAAUGUUUGGAUGAGUUGAAGGAAAAUAUCUUCAUAACAUAAAUGGAAUUGGUGUAUUCUUCAUUUAUUUGUAUGAUUGUCCCAGCUGUCCUUUGCAGAUGUUCUCAAAUAUGUCUUUGAAACCUUUCCACUCCUUUUCAGGAGUUAAGUGGUUUAAUUUGCUGUAUGUAGAAAAGUGACCUCAUUAAACUCCAUUUGAAAUGCUGAGUGGUUAAGAGUUUUCCUGAGAAGAUUCCACUGGUAGGAACUAAGUUUCCCCCUGCUGUAUGCAAAGGGCUGUUUCAAAAGGAUGGCAAAAAUGAAUAUUUAUUAGGAUUGUUGGGACUCAUUUACUGGAUGACUUACUUUUGGAAUUUAAGAAGAGUGAAGACAGGAAGCAGAAGCAGAAAUUAAGAAAACGUCCUUGGCUUCAGUGAGUACCUGGCUCAAAAUCAGAAAUAUUUACUUCAGUUUAAACUAGAAAGUUUGUCUUUUCAACAUUAUUUAAUGCUUGGAACCAUUCAUAUUUGAUUAAAAGAUGCAGUUGAAAAUU